AUGCUGGCAGGUACCAGUAGAGAAACAAAAGAGCGAUUUUGGAGUUGUGUGGCCCAGCAGGCCUUCUCUUUGCCCUACCUGCAGGUGUACCCUAUCUGCAUCUGGAUCCUGGCUGGCUCCUGGGCCGGGCAGGCUCUCUGGGAGCAUUUGAUCCUGCCGGCUGUGUCCACGGGCACCAUCUAUCGUCCCCUCAUAUGGGUGGCCCAAGUACAAGCUGAGUCGCUGCUUUCCAAUGUCACUAUGGAAAGGGACAAGAAUAAUUUAUAUGAAAAGUUGUCCCAUCUUCUGUUAGAAGAAGCAUGUUGUGAUAAUGAAGAUUUGCUGAAGGCAGAUAACACAAAUACACCAGGGCUUAGGGGCAUGGUUGAAGAUCUCAGUAACAUGGUGGACUGUUCCAGUAAUGGCACCAGUGAAUCAUACCUCCUGCUCGAAGUGCCAAGCCAGUUCUGUUUCAUGAAGUUCAACAGCUCGCUGCUCCGAGUGCGCGAGGGCGACGGGCAGCUGACCGUCGGGGACGCGGGCCUGGACCGCGAGCGGCUGUGCGGCCAGGCACCACAGUGCGUCCUGGCCUUCGACGUGGUCAGCUUCUCCCAGGAGCAGUUCCGGCUGAUACACGUGGAGGUGGAGGUGAGGGACAUCAACGAUCACGCGCCGCGCUUUCCCCGGGCCCAGAUCCCCGUGGAGGUGUCCGAGGGCGCGGCUGUGGGCACGCGCAUCCCGCUGGAGGUGCCGGUGGACGAGGAUGUGGGAGCCAACGGGCUGCAGAGCGUGCGCCUGGCCGAGCCUCACAGCCCCUUCCGCGUGGAGCUGCAGACGCGCGCGGACGGCGCCCAGUGCGCGGACCUGGUGCUGCUGCAGGAGCUGGACCGCGAGAGCCAGGCCGCCUACAGCCUGGAGCUAGUGGCCCAGGACGGCGGCCGCCCGCCGCGCUCCGCCACUGCCGCCCUCAGCGUGCGAGUGCUGGACGCCAACGACCACAGCCCGGCCUUCCCGCAGGGCGCCGUGGCCGAGGUGGAGCUGGCGGAGGACGCGCCCGUGGGCUCCCUGCUGCUGGACCUGGACGCAGCCGACCCCGACGAGGGCCCCAACGGCGACGUGGUGUUUGCCUUCGGUGCCCGCACCCCGCCCGAGGCGCGCCGUCUCUUCCGCCUGGACCCGCGCUCGGGCCGCCUCACCCUGGCAGGACCCGUGGACUACGAGCGCCAGGACACCUAUGAGCUAGACGUGCGGGCCCAGGACCGCGGUCCCGGGCCUCGGGCCUCCACCUGCAAAGUCAUCGUGCGCAUCCGCGACGUCAAUGACAACGCUCCGGACAUCACCAUCACCCCGCUGGCCGCCCCGGGCGCGCCUGGCGCCUCUCCCUUCGCCGCCGCCGCCGCCGCCGCCGCGGCUCUCGGGGGUGCGGACGCGACCUCGCCGACCGGACCUGGAACGCCGGAGGCCGGCGCCAUCUCGCUGGUGCCAGAGGGGGCGGCGCGCGAGAGCCUGGUGGCGCUGGUCAGCACCUCGGACAGAGACUCGGGCGCCAAUGGGCAGGUGCGCUGCGCCCUCUACGGGCACGAGCAUUUCCGGCUGCAGCCGGCCUACGCGGGCAGCUACCUGGUGGUGACCGCGGCGUCCCUGGACCGCGAGCGCAUCGCUGAGUACAACCUGACGCUGGUGGCCGAGGACAGAGGCGCGCCCCCUCUACGCACCGUGCGGCCCUACACGGUGCGCGUGAGCGACGAGAACGACAAAGCGCCACUCUUCACGCGACCGGUCUAAGACGUGUCAGUGAGGGAGGACAACCCGCCUGGCGCCUACUUGGGCCGCGAAGGCCAGGUCACCUGCAGACUGCUGGAGGCCGAAGAGGGUCGCGCCCAGGACGCCGUGUCCCCCUACAUCUCUGUGGACCCUAUUACUGGGAAGCUGUGUGCACAACGGUGCUCUGAUCGCAAGUGACUGGCUGAGCUGCAGCUGGGGCUGGAAGCUCUCGACGGCGGCUCUAUGCAGCUCUGGGGCUGGGCCGUGGUGUGCCUGCAUGUGGAGGACCAGAACGGGCACUCACUGGUCACACUGCCAGAACGGCUGGUCACACUGCCACUCUUCAAUGGCUCAGCCCAGCUGCCUCUGCUUCAGGGCGCGCGGCUGGGCUACCUGGUGACCCAAAUGCAGACGAAGGCCCCAACACAGAGCUAA